CGUGGGGCUACCAGUGAGCAUGCGCGAUUCAUCAACCACGGCGUUAAGGCUGUUAUUGUCUGCUGAGAUACUGCGAAAGAAGCAUUAAAAAUGUCAGGGUUCCUUGAUAACAUCCGAUGUGGAGAGUGUGAGUGUGUUGAUUUGGGAGAGAAAAGGAACACGCUGGCCUCAAUAGCAGCUGGAGUCCUGUUUUUUACAGGAUGGUGGAUUAUCAUUGAUGCAGCCGUGAAGUAUCCAGAUAUGGAAACGUUUAACCAUUCAUAUCAUGCCUGUGGGGUAAUAGCCACUGUUGCUUUUCUGAUGAUCAAUGCAGUAUCAAAUGGACAGGUGCGAGGUGACAGUUAUAGCGAAGGUUGCCUUGGGCAAACAGGUGCUCGUAUUUGGCUGUUCAUUGGUUUUAUGCUUGCUUUUGGAUCCCUGAUUGCUUCCAUGUGGAUUCUUUUUGGAGGUUAUGUUGUUCCUCAGAAGCAACAGGUGUACCCAGGUAUAGCGGUGUUUUUUCAGAACGCCUUCAUAUUUUUUGGAGGCCUAGUGUUCAAAUUUGGACGCACAGAAGACCUGUGGCAGUGAUUGGUUUUUGUUUCUUAUAAUUUGCACAUUUUUGAAAAUGUCUUCGUUGCAUUGGCACAUUACUAUAUUUUUCAAGUGAACUAUAAAAUGUUUUCUAAAAUGCUGUCAGUUUCUUUUCGUCCAUUCCUGUAUAUACAAGUAAUUUAGAGACAGCCAGUUGAAUGUUACUUUUAAGUCAUCUUAACUUCCUGGAACUAUGUUUUUUUAUGACACACAGUGGAGCUUUUGUUACCAACCGUUUCAUUUUUAUAACCAAGAGGUCCGGUAUUUGAAAUCAGACCAAAAGAUUUGCAGUCUUUCACUGCAAAGAAGUAGUACAUGACAUUCUUGUGUUACAGUGCAAACAUUAUGAAGCUAAAAGCUGUAACCUUCUCAGUCCAGCAGUAUCGGGCAAAAGGCCAUCACCAAUGUAGUACUAGCUGUCACAGGGCACAUUCACUCACGCAGACAUAUACACAGACUCACACACACAGUUUCAUGGUGCCAAUUUCAAGUCCUCAAUCAACCUAUGUGCAAACUCUGCACUGACUGUAUGGAUGUGGGAUAUAAAUCCAUAUUGUUGGUCCCCCCCAAACCCCCACUAGAUAAUGCACUAUUUAAUAUGAUGGACAUUUUAAACGAAUGAGUACAUGGCACUAUACAUUUUUACUGUCUUUUAGUCCAGAAAAUGUCCAUUUACUGUAUAAAUCCUACAGUGCAAGAUAUUACUGUAGAAUCUUAUUUUUUCCACUAAUUCUUAGCUCUUAAUUUUCCCCACAAUUACUGCAUCAUGCUUGUUAUUUUAUAAUUGUUUUUCAACAGUGAGCUGUGUUUUUUUUUUUUUUAUUUAAGCUUUGAGACAUACUUAUUGCUAUGCCAAGAAACCUUAUGGAAACUCCUCCUGCAUUUAGAUAGCUGAAGAGCAUAUUUUGUUAACACAAUGCAGAUCUAAAAUAUAGAACCUUAUGUUUACAUUGGAUGUUGUCCAGAGGCAUAUAGAUUUGUGGCUAUUGGAUUCAUAUUUUGCAUGAACUGUUAGAUGUGAAAAUGCACUAAAACAUAAACAAAUGCAAAUAAUAAUAUAUUGUAUUUAUAUAGCACCUUUCCCAUGCUCAAAGCAUUUAAGAUACAAAUAUUUUCUACCAAGAACAAUAACCAAAUAAAUGCAGGAUAUACAAAGCAUAAAUAGAAUAAAAGAAAAAAUAAGCCAGACUAUAAUACCACAUUCAAUACUAAAAGAAAUUCCUCAACAAAUCACAUGUGUGAUAUAAAACACACACAAAUUAUCCUGAGCAUCUGGACAGCGGUUACCUGAAAGAAGGGGCAGAGUGUUAAAAGCCUUGCUGAGCUGAUGACUUUGAAGUUGUUUUUCAAAAGAGUGAAUGGAGUCCGCUAAUCAAAUUCAUUUCAGGAGGUCUGGGUGCUCUAGAGCUAAAGGUGCAGUUACCCAUAGAGUGCAGGGCAGCGUGGGGCACAACAAGAUUGGACUGAUGUAGUCCGAUGCAAGGCCAUGUAAAGCUUUGUAGGUUAUUAUAUUAGGUGCUAUAAAUGAUCUUAGUAAAUGGAUGGUUGUCUUUAUUCAGUUUUUCUACAAAAACAAAAAAACUGAUGGUUGUCUUGGCAAUAGUGGAUGGAUUUGCUUGAUUCAUGUAUGCCAAGAUUUGUCCUGUAAAAGUGUUCCUUUUAGUAGGGAAUUAGAGUGAAUAUUUGAAAUAACUCUUGAUGACAUUUUUGCCAGCUCACAUUUAUAUGAUAUUGAAAACAUGGUGUUUUAAAUAAAUAAUGCUUUAGCUUUCCUUGUCAAGUCAGCGUAUACUAAAGUUCUAUUAACUGUAACAGUUAGUGCUUAGAUGUUAACUUUUAGCUACAACUAAAUAUAUGGAAAGAUCUGUGAUGAACUUGGCAAUUUCAGUUUUGCCUUCAUCCUCCAUGUUUUGUGGUUAUGCUACUUUUGCUGUACAUGUAGACCCAGGUGUUGUGUUCUCUAGAUUUGGAUAAACUUGUUUUAAAGGGUUUGGAUGAAUGAAGAUUCAUGCUGUCGGGAAAAGCUCGAACAUCAUCUGCAAGUUAGUCCUCAUAGUGAUUGGAGUAACUUCAUUUACUGAUUGUUUUAUUGUUGGAUUUGAUGCUAGUUGCAUAUUUAAUGCAUGAGUGUUAAGAAAGGCCAUGUACGGUAAAAAGCUAUGGAAGUGUUAUACUUGCAGGCUGGUGAAAAGCGGAUUCCUUUCUUGGGCCUUGACAGACAAGGGCUUUUAGUGAAAAUCAAUUGAAAUGAUAGUUUUAUUUAUUUUAAGGAAAAAUUGACACAUUACUGUAUAUGUAAAGAUAGAUUGUUCAAAAUGGGGAUCUUAUUGGGUGGCAGUGCACUACUCUCCAUGCAAGUAACAUUCUGAAGGAUAGUAAAAUAUACAUCAAUGCAUUUACUCUGUAGUAGAUUAAUAUAUUUAAUACACACUAAGUGGUAAAGGUCUUCUUUAAUGUUAAUGCUCUUCUCAAAUUAUAUUAGAACAUAUUUCACAUAAUUUCCACCUUUAUAAUACACUCACAUUAAGCUAAUUUAAAAAAAGAGUUGAUGUGGAUUAGAACUCUUGUUUGCAAAACUGACAAUUGUCCAUGUUAAGGCUGAUAAAAAAAAAAAAUGGAUAUUUUGUUUGUUUUUUACUUACAUUGUGUGACAUACAAACAAGAAAUAUCUUGCAACCUUGUUUUUGUUUUUUUGUUUU